AGUUGUCCUUGUCAUGUCAAAAUAAAAAAACGUGUGUUUGAUUUGUUAUUGUUCUCAUUAAAAAACGUUUUUAAUUCGUGUAAUUAAUAUUAGGUACAAAUAAGUAAUAAUUAUGGGAGAUAUUAUAGACAAUGAAGAAAUUGACAAAGAUACUUUGGACCCAGAAACUUUAGAACAACUUUUUAACAAGAAAUACGAUUUGAUUGCCGAAACUAAUGUGUCUGUAAAAAAAUCCUAUAUAAACAAGAUAACAGGCACCAAAUCAUCAAAAUUAGCUGUUAGUUUACAAGACCAUAGCAUAGAAGUGUAUGAACUCAACAAUGGGUCUUUAUCAAAGACAUGUAGACUUAGCGGACACAAGAAGGCUCUAAAAGAGGUGGUAUUUAGCCCUAAGGAUGAUCAUUUAUUGUAUUCAGCUGGAGAAGACGGACUUAUAAAGUUGUGGGAUACAAGACAGAAAGGUAGCUGUGUUUUGGAGUAUAAAGAUGAAGAAUCAGAUAUAGUGCGGCCAUAUGAAUGCAUGGAUGUAUCUUGCAACAGUAGAGUGUUGUGUGCGGGCAGUCAAGUUGUAGAGGAUGAUGCAUACCUUGUAUUCUGGGACACAAGGGUCACUAAGCCUCUCGGUGGAUAUUGGGAAUCACAUACGGAUGACAUCACUCAGGUAAAAUUCCAUAAAGAAAAAACAGAAAUAAUAGCAACAGGCUCUCUGGAUGGUCUCCUCAACAUUUUCAAUGUCAUGGAACAGAGUGAAGACGAUGCAUUAGUAUAUUCAUUGAAUGUUGAGAAUUCAGUUGAGAGGGUGAGCUGGCUGGACGGACAGCAGCUAGCUUGUGUUGCACAGUCCAAUGACCUGCAGAUCUGGGAUACAGAGUCUGGGGAUUUGAUCAGGAGUUUUGGAAGGGAUAAGAUUGCUAGGAGUUUAAAAAGGAGUAAGAAUGACGACUGCUACUUAGUUGAUGCUUACACUUCCGUGGAUGAUUUGACCGUCGUACUGGCAGGUUCUUAUGGAGGCGAUGGGAAUGUUCUAAGAUCUCUUUCAUUAACAAAUAAAAAGCUACAGCCAAGCUCCAACUUCGCCCAGAACAAACAAAUAGUCAGAUGUUGCUGGUAUCAUAAAGAUAAUGACCUACUAGUGACGGCAGGUGAAAGCGGCACGAUCAGCGUGUGGCAGGGCUCCGCCCCCGGGGCCGCGGCGCCCGGGAAACUUCACACAUCGCUCAGCAAGCUACACGUUAACAGACACAAACCUUACUGAAAUAUACAGGCUGACAGGA